AUGUCCGCCAACGGCGAAGGAUCGUCAAAACCUGCAGCCCUCACGCCGACACCACCCACCAAUGGAAAUGGUACAACAGCCCAAGCGCGGGCGGGCUUAGUCCCAAGUAACAAUGUCACUACCAAGGAUGGUGUCACUGUUCGCACGCGUAUCGAGCCUACCCUGCCGGUCGACGACGUCAUCCGUGCACUAUGUCUAAAUCUCAAGCUAAGGGAUCCUCCUGCUAUGUAUGCACUGAGGGACGACAACGAUGAGCUUGUUACGAACGACAAUCUCAGGAAAAAGGUCAAGGGGAAGGUCAAUUUGAAAUUAGUCAAUGCUCCGGCCAUUGAAGCUGCAGAUAUUGUCGAGAAGCUAGUUACAAGAGAUGCCAGAUUGGCUUUUGCCCUCACCGCACUUCGGAAAUACAUUCGAGAAGAGCAAUUCGCAGACGAGUUUCUCAAACGCGAUGGGCUGAAUGAGCUAAUCAGCGUCAUCAAUACAGCUCACGGAAACACACUCGCAUACGCCCUGACCGCGAUGCAGAACUUAAUGGAGCUCGAUCACGGUUGGAACAAUCUGGGGGACGACUUCAUCCUGAGGGUCGUGCAGAUCUUGUCUUCAAAACAAUCGCUCAUCAAUGUCUGCCGACCUGCCACUGCCAUUCUGAAGAAGCUAGUGGAAGCAUCUGCUGCUAGCGCACCGAUCGCGCACCUUGCUAGCUCAAGCAAGGGCCCGCCUGCACCUCCACCCGAGUCCGUGUAUAGGUAUGGCUUCGAAGCUGUGUUUGAGCAAAUACGCAAGGAGGCACGGAUGUUGGAGACGGUCGUGGACCGGCUGGGAAGUGCUGAUACCACGAUGGCGCUAUACAGCAUGAUGUUGAUAAACUCGCUCUUGGCCAAUGCAACGGACACACGGUGGGAUGAGUUCAUCAACUCAAUCGAGCGGCUGAACGUUCGCAAGGCUGUUAUCCGGCUAAUGCCGUCGCACACGAUCGAAGACCUCACGUCGUGCAUCCUCGACUUCCAGGCGAACAUGAUGCGCGUCACAUAUAGGCAGAAGAUGACUCUUGUCGAGCCGGACUUUGACGAGGUGCACAACGCGGCGCUGAAAUAUAUUUGGUCGAACAGCAAGAUCAACGAGGAAAGCUAUGGGCCUGACAUCUUGAAGUGGCGCAAGCUGGGCUUUGACAGCGAAGACAUCACGCAGGAGUUCCGGGAAGUCGGCCUGCUCGGCCUGCAGUGCCUUAAACACUUCGUCGCCAAGGACCCUGACUAUUGGGCUAAGGUUGUACAAGAGCAACUCAGCCGACCCGAGGAGCGAAGGUGUCCUAUCGCGAAGGCUUCCAACGAGGUGGCAGACCUUCUAUCAGAACAUUGGGCCAUAUAUGCCCCAGGCUACUCGUCCACAACAUUCAAGCCGUUCUUUCUGAACUUUUACAAGGUUCACGCACUUGCAACGCAGUUCUUCCUGCGAAUGUGGAACGAGAGUGGUGCUUCGAGGGGAGAUUUCCCUCGACUUGUUGCACUCACUCGUAGCCAGGUCAAGGUAGCGCUCAGAAGGGAGAAUGAACGACCUUGGCACGAGGUUGAGCAAGAAUUCCUUGAGUGUGAGUACCGUGCUGUCAGGGAUCGACAAAUGAAAGAGCUCGAGAUGGAGGACGACGUCAUGAGCAAGGUGCCAAUGCGGAAUUUACGAGCGAAGCUCUACAAGGAGUCAUUCGAAUUCGUCCGACAACAGCGGAUACAUUGCUUGCUGGAAGGAGCUUGGUUUAUGAAUGGCAUUCCCGUCAUACCUGCAGUGCCUCGCGACACCAUCAGGCGACCUAGCCGACCAUGGCGAUUCAUUCGAUUGGAUAACGGGCUGAAAUACCUCCAUUACGUCGACAGCACCAUCAAAUUCCCUGUGCGCAAAGGUCUUGAGGACCUCCCAGAACGGAUCGAUAUGACGAUGGUCAGCGAGAUCGCUACCGGGACUUGUGUACCAUAUCCCAAUGUGUUGCAAGGCAUCGACGUAGCUGGUGCAAGCUCGCCGCUAGCAGCGUCUUCCUUGUCCUUCUCCCUAUUGACCCCAAGUGGGUCCUCCUUGGCCGACCAGAUUGCGCCAGACCAGUCUAGAUGGGCUGACUGGACAGAUGGGUUGAACAUGCUGAGGAAAGACGGCGGACACGUUGCGUCAAAGGAGACGGAGACGUUCGUGCAGGCGUUGACGGAAAUUGGACUGAAGAUUAAGCUCCUUGAUUUGUCCGGGGAGAAAGUAGAUAUACCCAGCGGUCUAGUGGCGGGGCCCCCGCCUACGAACUGCGACUUCUUUUAUUCUAAUCUACCGUAUGAAACUCAAGGCUAA